AUUAACGUCGUGAGCGCGGGAUCCGCACGAAAACCUUAUGACGCAACGUCCUGCUUUAUGUCUUGGUGUUCGAUGAAGAGGAAGUAGAGCGAAAGGAAGAACAAGAAAUAAAAAAGGAUAUUGCGCACCACCUGUUCAUCUCGCAAAGUAGAAAACAUAUGCGUGCACCUCUUCAGUAUCAGUCUGUAACUGUAGCUCUUGUUGUCACCUAGAACAACUACAGAAAUAUGCUUAGCGCUGUUCUGCCUAGUAAUCAUAUCGUCCUACCAGUGCCAGUGGUCACUACGAAUUCGAUUUGCAAAAUUGCUGCACAGCGAUAGUUUACAAGAAGCAAAUAAAUAGAAAUACAAUCAUGUUGGUCCUCUGCAGCUGCAGCGUAUCUACGAUUCGUGCUUCUUAUUUCAGUCUGCGAACAAGAACCAACAACAGACCUGCCACACCAGCUUCAGCGACCUCUUUAUCUUGAUAUGCCGUUUAUUGCCUAGUACCAAGACCAACAGUUCUUGCAGUCAAAGUUGCAGGUCCGGUUUUUAGAUAACAGAACAACUUGAUGAGAUGUGGGCGAGAAAAUUAACAUCAUGCGCAAAAUGGAUAUGAAAAAUUUACCACGACUCGAAAAUGAAAUGAUCUCGUUGUCGUUGCGGCGAAUAAAGCAAGAUGGACUAUUUAUUUAUACCGGGGAACAACAAAUAAGCAUACGACUGAUGUUGAAGUAGCUGACAACUUGAUUUAUCAUUUAAAACAUGGACGACACUGUUGAGCCGAAGCGAGUGAUCGACAUGGAGCGACGUAUCAAAUGCAAAUAUAAUGUCUGGGUCUGGAAGGAUCCGAACUUGUCAUGCGAAUUCUGGAAUAGGCAAAAAUUUGUAUUGCAUAAGCACCAAAAGAUUCCCAUUUCUUGCUACGCAAAUAGGGAAUUUCUCAUGCGGGAUAGACAUCAGGAGGCCUGCGCAAAAACCUGUAAUGCUUCUGCGUGCAUUAGAGACCAGUUGCGUGAUCCAGAAGAUGCAUGACAAACUCCUGCAAUCUUCCAGAUGACCCAGACAUUUUUACAUUUCAUACGACGCCCACAGGAACAAGUAGACGACGAUGGACAUCAACAAGUUCCCCCGGCACCGCAAAUCGCUUCUAUGAAGAUGAACAGAAAACCACGACAGCAGUAUUCCACUAACCACCCGGGACACCCCGACUACGUCUCGCCACACCCCUGCCUGUGCGGCUCCAAGGUGAUGAAAUUUACCGCCCGGGAACGGGAGAAGCCGGACUACAAUCCGAGCGCGAUUUUGUUUUACAAGUGCUGGCUGUGCAAGACCAAAUUCCACACAGCCUGCGUAAAGUCCUGGUACCAAGGCCAGAAGAAAUCAAGAAUGGACGAGUGCGAAAAGGCGCAGCGCCGGGGCGCCUGGGUCUGCCCCAGGUGUCGUCUCAAGCAUGUGGACCCCUUCAUGGCUAUCAAACAAAAAAGUGUUAACGUUAGUAACGGUUUUAAUAGAUUGCAAAUAUGCAUGACAACUUUUGCCUGGUAUGCAUGCUAUGCAUGACAAACUUGGGCACGUUCUGUGAUGCGUUACUGCGUCUCAAAUUCCGUUGAUGUUAACGCUUUUUCCCCCUUUGAUAAUGGCGUGCACGGCACAAGCAGGAAAUACGCACUGCAAACGCAUCGCGCCACUGCAACUGCUUCUACAACUCAACAUCGCAAUACUGCAUGACAAAUUUUUGGUUUCUCAUCUAGUACCUGACUCUGCACGAUAAAAAGUAAAAGCCUCGUUUUGCAUUUCGAUUUCUUGGUCGGGUGAGGUUUCUCAUUCAAGUGCAACUACUCGCACGAUAUAGGAAUAUAAUUUCUAAUGCGAUUUUUACUGCUAAUUUCAAUAUUCAAUUUGUGCGAUAUUUUUGCAUUGCAUAGGGGAAAUCCAGCAAGUCGAGCGACAAGCUGCUGCGAGUGUGGGAUUGGCUUCAGAGGUACUUUACUUAGUUACCAGCUUUUAAAUGCUUGUUUAAUGUAGUUGAUUCCUUCAUGUCCGUCGUCGAGACAGUGUAAAAAUCGUAUAAUGUGACUUUCGGAGGGGAUCAAGCAGGAUUCUUCAAAAUACAACUGAGGCUGAGGCAGGGGAUCCCGCAUAAUAAACUAUCUAUAAAAGGUCUACUUCGAUUUACCGCCUGACUUUGUUAAGAACUGGCGAGAUAAGAAGGACUUGCCAAACUACGCCUGGGUGAUAAAGUCCGUGCGUUGCGACGACUACGACCUGAACGGGCCGAAUUGGCCCUACGAGGUGAAUAUCCUGCGCAAAAGUUACCGCACUAGUAAAAAAGGCAUGGAAAAUUUCGCUAGCUUGAGAAAUGAAGAAGUUUGGAAUGCAGUAGUUACACCUUGGUAAAGAGAUUUGUGAUGGUGCAUGACUGCGAUGAGUACUUACAAGCGCGAUACUUUUGAAAUCCAUAAUGAAAUUGCUGGUCAACGGAGUGGAGCACAAAAAACCGAACAAGGACGGCAGACCCACGGAGAAGCCCAUGAUCCCACCACCGGACUACGGACACAGCCGCAAGGAGUGCGACGGAAUCAAUUUGACCACUGUUUUUGCGAAGAUGGACAAGCAUCAGUUGACCAACCCGAACGGGCUGCCGAAGGUCAGACUCACCUGCAGAUUUUACAACGGGUCUGACAAAUUGGAAGACGGCGAACCGUAUGCAUUGCAAAUAUGUCAUCUUGGUCUGGAAGGAUGCAAGCAGGUUUGUCAUGCUUGACUGGCAUCAUGACUGAAAAGUCUGUCAUGCUUGGUGCGCUACAGUGUAGUCACUUGUUUGUCAUGCAAAAACACAUUUUUCAUGCGGUUCACGCUAGACAUAGCCGCUCAGAAACUUGUCAUGCGCAGCCCCCUAAUACAGACUGCGAGCGUGGUAUCAUUCGGACACUAGCAUCACAACUUUCCAGGCCCAGACAUAUUUGCAUUUGAUAUACCGUCGAGAAUGUUUCUGAUGGGCUUCUACUUGUGCGAAAAAAAGGGCACGGGGGACUUGCGGAAGCGGGUGUUGGAGCAAAUGAUAAAGAACCCCAACUAUUUUCCACCUUCCGACAGGCAGCGCCGGUUGACGACGACCAACGACACGACCUCCGACCCCCUGGCGGCAGACGCAGCUGUUGACUCCGCGGCGACCAAAAGCUCCUCCUACGACAAGCAGCGCAUUCUGCAGUACUUCAAGCGAAUGAAGUCCGGGGACGAAGACGGUAGUCAGGAACUUCUCACGACCAGUGUCUCGGUCGAACUCCGGUCGAUCUCGCUCGUUUGCCCGAUCUCCGGGGCUGUACAGGACACCCCGAUGAUUAGCCAGACCUCGGAGAAAACCCAUCUCCAGACCUUCGACAUGGACGCCUUUCUCGAGUCGCAUAUCCUGCGCAAAAGUAUCGUACUCGUAGGAAUGCAGUCUUGCUUUACAAAUCUUUUUUCUAAGGCAAAUCCGCAUGACAAAUUCCAUUUCUCAUGCUAAGGAAAUUUGUAUUGCAAUUUAUACUACUACGAUACUUGUCCAAUGCAUAUCGCAGCGACAAAUCCAAAACCCGGCCAAGCGGUGGAAGUGCCCCAACACCCGUACGCGGUGCCAUCCCUUUGACCUGCGGUAUGACAGUGCACAACUCCCCCUCGUCCCCCUCAUUUGUCAUGCAAAAUACCCAAUCCACCCUUUGCCUCUUCCUCUUGGCACUGUUUCUUUGCAUGACAAGUUCUGGUAGCCCAGAUAGCACUAUACACCAGUGCGAAUUUGUCAUGCAGAACCGGCAUUCUUGCGAAUGCUUGUAUUGCCGUCCAUGCUAUACAAAUGAGGGGGAGGGGGAGUUGUGCACAGUUAUAUGCGGUUUUGCGGUUUCACAAAAAAACUCAUCAACACGGCAGAGCGCAUACGCACUGUAAAAAUAUCGCACUUGUAUUGCAAUCAUGCAUUACAAAUAUUUUUCUUAAGGUAAAUCCGCAUGAUAAAUUUCAUUUCUCAUGCUGCGGAAAUUUGUAAUGCAUUUAUACGAGUAGGAGUACGAUACUUUUGCAAUGCAUAACGCAAGGCCGCGUUGAAACUCCUGCACAUACGAGAUGCGAAACACCAUGGGAAGGCCGUGCAAAGAGACGCGGACACGGAAAAGCUGUUAGUGAAACAACUGAUCCAGGACCAGAGAGAAGAGGUCCACGAGAUUAUUACAGUGAAAAAUGCCCCCACCCCAAAAGUUGAAAAAAUUUGUGAUGCAUAAAGGUUUUCAAAUGAAGAACUUUUUGUCUAUGCGUGAAACGAGUAUGAUCCUUUCUGCUGCAAAAUCUAGGCGUGUAUCGCAUCGCUUGCAUGACAAGCGUCGCUCUCGCUGGGAUCUUUUGCAAUGCAAAUGGUUUCUAUUCACGAUUGGAAAUAAUCUGUGAUGCUGAUAGAUGCAAGGGGGCAGGUGUUUCAUUUGAAAGGGUUUGCAAUACAAAUGCUCCCAAGUAGUUCGGGGGUGGGGGCAUUUUUCAUUGUGAAAGAGAUCGUGCGGGAAGACUUCGGGCGGGUGAUCGUGCACGAGGACGGCAUAUGCAUUGCAAAAGUAUCGUACUCGUACUAAUUGCAGUUACGCAUUACAAAUCUAGUUGUUAAGGCAAAUCAGCAUUACAAAUUCAAUUUGUAAUGCUAAGCCAAUUUGUAUUGCGAUUUCUACUAGUACGAUCCUUUUGCACAGGAUACGGCACCACCAACUUCGCAUUUGACAGGGAAAUCAAGAAGGAGCAUGAGAUGCAGUUUGGUGGGGCGGAGACAAUUUUGUCAGACGACGAGCACUAUGAACUGCAAAAGUAUCGUAUUCGUAUAAAUGCAUCACAAAUUUUUUCCGCAUGAGAAAUAAAAUUUGUCAUGCUGAUUUACCUUGAGAAAAAUGUUUGUAAUGCAAGAAAUGCAUUUAUACGAGUACGAUAGUUUUGCACAGGAUAAGCACGAGGACGAGCCGGCGUUGAAAAAGCAGAAAACAGGAACUACCGCAACCAGCACGACUGGCGAAAUGAUAACCGCAGGCACGUCCUCAUCUUCAGCUGUUGCAGCCGUUGGGGUCGCAGCUUCAUCCUCUUCCGCAGCUUCUAAAGAUUCCUAUUCCUUGCACAGAUCGACUUGUUCUCGUGGUACAACUACCGGGGCGGCUGGGGCCACAGGAGCUGCAGGGAAGAACUACAAUACAACUGCAGCGACUUCCACAACCACUUCUAUGCAAUGCAAAAAUGUCUGGGUCUGGAAGAUUCUAAACUUGUGAUGCUGUCUCUGGAUUCGAAAAAAAUUUGUAUUGCAUGACCAGUAAGAGGAGUAGACUUUGUGCUUCGCGGAGAUGGCAUUUGUCAUGCGGAAUAGGCAUGAGGAGGCGCUGUAAAAAUCUGUGAUGCUAGGCCAUGCAUCACAGACAUUAUGGAUCAUGCAAAAUAUGCAUCACAGAUCUCACAUUCUUCCAGACACUUUUACAUUCCAUAACUUCUAGAGCAGUACAACUACAGCAAUCACGGGCCAGACCGCCAAAGCCUGCUGUCGAGCCGGAGGUGAUUGAACUCAGCGAUUGAAAGGGAAACGGAUGAGUCGACUUGUAUACGAUGCGAUUCCAGGAAAACAUCGGAACGAUUUUUUGAAGUAAGUAGGAUCGGAGCUGUGAGUACGAGGUUGUGAAACUGAAAGCUAGGAUCAACAAACUCAAAAUCAAAACCAAUUCACCUCCACGUUGUACUAGGCUUCUUGGUUGUACUAGAAGUAACAACUAGUCACUGGAAAAAUCGUUGAAACAAGAAGUUGCUUUUUCGACAGAAGAUGCAAAGACGUCUUCAAAUAAAUCGCGAUUGCGUCAUCACAAAUGAAAUCGUCCUUCACGUACGACCCCGGUCAGUUGACGACAACUUUUUCAAGAGCGUAUAGAAUCUAGUAUCAUAUUGCGAGGAAAAAUAAAAAUUAGAAUUGCACGACCAG